AUGGCGGCGUCGGGCCCUGUUACGGUUGGCGGCUUAUCCGCAAAUGGAGCAUCAAGCAUCACCGUCCCCCAGAGGAAGGCGACUGGCCCACUGACAGAGGAGGAGCAGUUUGUGAUUCGGGAAUGUCAGAAAAUCGUCCAGUUCAAGGACAAGAUCCUAGCUGGCACCCAUCGCAAGAUCCAGCUUCCGCCGCAGUUCGCUGCGAAAGGUGCCCCCUCCCAAAAGGCCUCGGCCCCCGACCCCCGAUCGAUGGCGGGUGCGCCCAAGCAAUGGUCACGUAGUCGUCAGGCGAAUCACGAGUCUGUCGGCGUUGGCGGCUGCGGGUCCCCCGUUCCCGGCACUGGGAAAGCCACUAAUGCUGCAGCUGACGAGGACACCUCUUUCGACGAGAACGACUACUACUCCUCCAGGCACGAUACCCUCGAGUCCCGCGACACUGCCGCCGAGCCUGUGCAAGUCGAGCCUGUGGAGGCUGUCGUAGCCUCGCGGACGGCCGAAAACCCGUCGCCCCUCCUACUGGGCCGAAGCGUCCAGGCCCCUUUCACCACCAACCGCCGGCAGGCCCACGAGCGGACGGUUACCCGCCUGCUCAACCGGCGCGCCCCUGCUGGCGCGGAUAGUAGUGGCGCGCAUGGAGGCGCGAGAGAUAGACCUGCGGGCCAAGAAUUGAGAUCCGCAAGAGCGAACCCGGGCCGCACUGUCCACGAUUCGUUGGAGAGCGGCGAGGCGACGCAAUCAGACGCCUCCAUCCGCCCAGAGACCGUCACGCACCCACAGCCUAUAAAGGACACACAGCUCCCCGCGAACCAACCUCGAGCCGCGCCCCUUGUUCGAUCGCACAACUUGACGCCGAUUGCGCCGCAAGCCGCCCAUAUUUCCUCCCUGCUUGGCGCACAGUCUGCCCUUCUUCCGAGUGCGGUUGACUCUCCUCUCGAUAACGGGGUCCACCGAGGUGCGCCCGCGCAGCACGGACAGCCGUAUGGCCUGCUGCCUGAAGACCUUACGCAGUCCGCUCCGGGCCGCGCCGAAUACAAUCAGGUAGCGAGACCUGACCAGGCGGAGCGAGUUCCUGCCGGAUACGGCAGACGCGAUGACCUCUAUCAAUCCGGGCCGGGCGGCGUGGAGCCUGCUUAUAGUCGGCCAGUCUCCCGGACUAAGCCUCCCAAGCGCUACCAGGCCGUGGAUACUUUCAAGACGAAUAUGCGCGGGUUGACUCUGAUGGCCUUGGCCCAGGCCUUCAGCGUCCUCCCCACGGCCGAUGCCGAUGUCAUAUACGAAGGCACGGCUCCCAUCCGACAUUCCGUCGCGCCGCAGGUGCGGCCGCGAGAUGCGGAUAUCAUCUACGAGAGAACUGCCCCGGUACCUGCCAUGGCCCGAAGGGCCGGGCCUGAAAUGUAUGAAGAGGACGGGGUUGUUUAUAGACGCCUCUCUCCGCCACCUUAUAUGGGGCCCCGGCGUGUGAUAACUCAACCCGAGUUCGGCCCCUCGGAUGGGCUGGCAUAUCAACCCCGCGGAUACUCUGUUAGGCCAGUGGGGCCUCCGGUUGACGAGUAUGCGGCCGACCAAGGGUUCACUGAUCGGAGAGCUAUUGAGGCACCGCCUCGUCAGUAUCUCACGCGAUCAGCAAGCGUUCGGCCGCUGGAGCCUGUCAGGUAUGAAUACGCGGCAGAUACGAGGGCCAGGGUCCGGGGCUUAGGCCCAGAGGCUGAGUACGCGCCCCUUUCUCGACCGGAGAGUCGUGUUGAACUCAUGGCACCCCCGCCAGCUCGUGAUUACGGGCCCCGCCACGUUGUGCAGCGCUCUUAUAGCGUUCGACCUGUCGAGCAGUACUACAGCCAACCGGCACCCCUUGAUGAUGGGGAGGUGACUUAUAUUGAGAGGCCCCCAGUGCGCCCGGAUGUGGUUUACGCCGGUGAACCUCGGAGAGAAGUGUAUAGGUGA